AUGCAGGCGCUGGUGCUGCUCGCGGCGGCGCGCGGGAAGCACGAGAGGAUGCGGGGUUGCAGCGACGAGGCAGGGAUGACACUGGUGCACAACAGCACAUACCAUUUGAGGUCUGAUCGCUACAAAGGGCGGAUCCUGGUUUUUUUAGUUAAAGAAGGGGAGUUACAACUAAUCAAAGCGAAGGAAACCAAAGGAGCUGUCUAUUCGCUUAAAUCAUUCAAUGGGAAAUUAUUGGCUGCUAUUAAUCAGAAGAUCAGAUUGUACAAGUGGGUGCAGCGAAAUGAUAGGUCACAUGUACUACAAUUUGAGUGUGCCCAUGAUGGCCACGUAUUAUCUUUGUAUACUCAAACACGUGGUGAUUUCAUCUUGGUUGGAGACAUGAUGAGAUCAUUAUCGUUGCUGAUAUACAAGCACGAAGAAGGCAAGAUUGAAGAGGUGGCUAGGGAUUUAAACACAAACUGGAUGACUGCAGUUGAGAUGCUGGAUGAUGAUAUUUAUAUUGGUGCAGACAAUUGCUGUAACCUGUUUACCGUGUGCAAGUCCCCAUAUGGGUUCCUUGAGGCCGUUGGGGAGUACCAUCUGGGGGACGUGGUGAAUAGGUUGCAUCACGGUUCUCUGGUUAUGCACCACGCAGAUUCGGGGACAGGCCAGUUUCCUUCAGUCAUCUUUGGCACGGUCAAUGGCGCCAUCGGUGUGAUUGUCUCCCUUCCUUAUGACCUAUAUGCGUUCCUAGAGAAGCUGCAGUCCGUCCUUGUGAAUUUCGUCAAGGGUGUUGGUAACCUUAGCCAUGCACAAUGGCGGUCAUUCUGUAACGCCAGGAGGACCAGUUCUGCCCGGAACUUCGUGGAUGGUGAUCUGAUUGAAUCUUUCUUCAGUCUGAGCCCAAGCCAGAUGGUGGAGGUUGCGUGCGCGAUGGGUGUCCCUCCGGUUGAGCUGUAUAAGAAAGUGCAGGAGUUGACCAAUCUACACUAG